UUGCGCAUCCCAUUCCCUGCACAGCCUGUGGAACUGUCGACUGGACAAUUGCUCUCAAUAUCGCAGUGAAAAUGGUGACACCUGAGAACUUGUCUGGCGAUACAGGUGGGCGAAGGGAGCCCCUCAGAUUUGACCAGGAUGCGUCCGCGACGGCCGUGGACAUGGACACGGCAAUCGUGCUUCUCGGAGCCGGGGUGACAGCGAUCACACACCCGCUUCUGUAUGUCAAACUGCUKAUUCAGAUUGGACAUGAGCCCCUCACCCCAACUGUUGGAGCCACCAUGUUUGGGAGGAAAGUGUUCUACCUACCUGGAUUCUUCUCCUAUGCACAGCACAUCGUAAGGGUCGACGGAAAGAUGGGACUCUUCCGAGGUCUAUCCCCUCGUAUAAUGUCCAGUGCCAUCUCCACCAUGGUCCGGAGUAAAGUCAAAGAGGCCAUUCCAGCAGAGCAGGCGGAGCAUGUAUCGAACAGAGACGACUUGAAGACCUCCCUCAGGAAAGUGAUGAAAGAGACCUCACAUGAGAUGGURAUCCAGUGCCUGUCCAGAAUAGCCACUCAUCCCUUCCAUGUGAUCUCAGUGCGAUGCAUGGCUCAGUUUGUGGGGAGAGAAGACAAGUACAGGGGGCUGUUCGGCUGCAUCACCAGAAUCUUCAACGAUGAGGGCGUUGGGGGAUUCUUUGUGGGGGUUGUGCCCCAUGUCCUGGGGGAGGUCAUCUUUCUGUGGUGUUGUAACCUCCUGGCCCACUUCAUCAACACCUACGCCGUGGACGACAAUGUAAGCACGUUCAGCCAAGCCCCAGCAGUGAGAAGCUACACCAAGUUUGUGAUGGGGAUUGCAGUGAGUGUGUUGACGUACCCAUUUAUGCUGGUGGCAGACCUGAUGGCAGUUAACAACUGUGGGUUGGUGGCUGGUCUUCCCCCUAACUCUCCCAUCUUUAAGUCCUGGCUCCACUGUUGGGCUCAUCUGAGCCACGAGGGCCAUCUCUUCCGAGGAUCCAGCUUCUUUUAUCGCCGCGUGCCUGUGACAGGGAUGGCUUUGACUGAGGAGUGAUAAAAUCAACCACCGCACAACCUGUGCCACUGUUCUCCUUCCUAACCGGUACCUCAGUGAGACCAAUGUUCAACCGCCCCCUCACCUUAAACCCCCCCAGCGGAUAAAGCCGGAGCAGCAUGUUAUCAAUGGGCUAGGUGUUUUACUGAAGUAAAGUUACUUUCAAAUGAAGAGUUUUGUUAAUCUAAAUAAUAAUGUAGCCACUCAAAAGUAAGAGGUCGGAGGAGUGAGACUUAAUGUGAACAAAUCAAAAUUAUAUCCAAUAUAUUUUGUCUUGGUUGAAUACUGAGGGUAUAAUCUCCUUUUACUAUACCAGCAAAGUUGCACUAUUUUUUUAUUUAUUUGAAUCUAUCACUUAAUUUUGCUAUAUUUAUAGGCCACAGUUUAAUUAAGUUCUAUGUAGGCUUUAAAAUUGGAUAGUUGAUUUCCAUCUAUUGAAAAACUGCCAAAUGUUUAUUUUUCAAAGGGUCUUCCUAGUAGCAUGAUAAGUGGUUGCAUUCGAAAGUGCUCAUUUGCCUCCUAUCAGAAGUGCUUUAACUAACAAUUAUACCUAUUCACAAACACCAUAAGCCCACAAAAACUGGAGUGCUCUCUAGUGAUGCACCGAUAUGACAUUUUUGUCCGAUACCGAUAUCCAAUAUUUUCCUUGCCCCKAAAAAACGGCACCGAUAACAGAUAUAUACAAUUUUAGCGGCCUUUUAAGCAUUCUAGAACAGUUUAAUAGUUAACACACACACACAUGGACGCAACG